AUUAAUAACCAUCUCUUUCUCUUCAACCCUCAACUGGUCGCACAUCCUCUCUCUGGAGUCCAGCCUGGUGCAACUUAGUGUCCAUCAGCAGAUGCUGACCGAGCUGUAGCUCGCAGGGUGGAUUUCAGAAUCAGGAAGACGUCAGAAGGACGGUUUUUAAGCUCAUCAAGGAGAAGCAGUAAACAAAGACUUCCUGGAACCUUGUAGCACUUUUUGGCCUCUCGUCUGUGACAGAAAACCCUCCUGAAUGAAUGAGUGGGUGAGCUCCGAGAUCAAUGUGGUGGAACCACCACAGAUCCCACCCAGCGAUGAGUUCUCCAUCCCAGAGAGUGUCCACUUCCUUGACAUCCUGGGAGAUCAAGGCAAUCCUCUGCUGCAGGACCCUGACAUCUUAUCCUUCUCCAGUUUUCCCAGUAUGCAGUACUCAUCCAUGGAGCCAAACAUGUCCUCCACACAUUACUACUCCACUCCAAACUAUUACCCUCCAUACAGCGGAGAUGAAUGGUACUCACACUCGGGGAUAUAUGAACUGAGGAAAGGUCCACUGGAGGGCAGUUAUCUGGCUGAUGUGGACGAGGGUUCCUCUGUGGUUCCCAUGGUGUGCAAGAGGACCCGGCACAUGGCGCAAGCUGGACGGGUAAAAGGGGAGGAGCUGUGCGUUGUGUGUGGAGACAAGGCAUCCGGAUACCAUUAUAACGCUCUCACCUGUGAGGGAUGUAAAGGUUUCUUCAGACGAAGCAUAACAAAGAACGCUGUGUACAAAUGCAAGAGUGGUGGAAACUGCGAGAUGGACAUGUACAUGCGCAGGAAAUGCCAGGAGUGCCGGCUGAGAAAGUGCAAGGAGAAGGGCAUGCUGGCAGAGUGUGAGUGCCUGCUGACGGAGAUUCAGUGUAAAUCCAAACGGCUGCGUAAGAACCCCAAGGCCUCCCCUGGGCGGCCGACAGGGGAUGAGACGGAGGUGGCAGACAACGCAGACAACAAACAGGUUACAUCAACCACCAAACUGUCUAAGGAAAAGAUUGAAAUCACCAAAGAGCAGCAGACACUCAUGAGACUCAUCGUAGACGCUUACAACAGACAUCAAAUCCCUCAAGACGUUACUAAAAAACUGCUACAAGAACAGUACAGCACAGAGGAGAACUUUCUCCUCUUGACAGAAAUUGCCACAAGUCAGGUUCAAGUGUUGGUGGAGUUCACCAAAAAUAUUCCAGGCUUUUUAACUUUGGAUCAUGAAGAUCAGAUCGCCCUCCUGAAGGGAUCAGCUGUGGAAGCCAUGUUUCUGCGCUCGGCUCAGGUUUUCAGCAAAAAGAUGCCCAGAGGACACACUGUGGUUGUGGAGGAGAGGAUACGCAAGAGUGGUAUAUCAGAAGAAUUUAUCACUCCCUUAUUCAAAUUUUACAAGAGCGUAGGUGAACUCCACAUGGUGCUGGAGGAACAGGCUCUGCUCACCGCCAUAACGAUCCUGACACCAGAUCGACCAUACGUGAAGAAUCAGCUGGCUGUUGAGAGGCUCCAGGAGCCCAUGGUGGAUGUGCUGAGGAAGCUGUGCACUCUUCAGCAUCCGCAGGAACCUCAGUACUUUGCUCGCCUCCUGGGCCGCCUGACGGAGCUUAGAACACUCAACCACUACCACGCAGAGAUGCUCACAUCCUGGAGAGUGAACGACCACAAAUUCACCCCUCUGCUCUGUGAGAUCUGGGACGUGCAGUGAUGCAACAUGAGCAGGGAAGAUGGCUGGGAUGAUUUCAGCUUUAAUGAGCGUGGAGGCCCAUCAGGAGAGCACGUUUAUGCAGAAGGAUGUGAGGAAUACGUCCGUGAACAGUUUGCCUUGGUUGUACCUGUUCUCAGUAUAACGUGACUCUUUUCCCACCGUUUUUGGGGUUUAUGGCGAAAUUUUGCAGGAUUUUCUGCUCAGAAGUUAGAAUUAAUUCAGCUUGACAAACUGAUCAGUCGAACACGUCCAGCACUGGAACUUCGCCCCAAACCAAGACGAAGAAAAAUGCUGAUUUAAAUUUUAAUUUCAUGAAUACAUAAUUUUUAUUUUAUUUGAAAAAGUCAUCUUCCAUUUGAAGAGGAUUUCAACAUUCUGUUUAAAAAACUGAGGGAAUACAGUCAGUCACUGAGCAGCAAACAAGGUGGAUGAUUGAUCCGGUAGAAGUUUUAAAAGAUGUGAGUAAAACACAAAAAGUUGUAGUAUCACGAACAAAGCAUGGAUGUGUUUGGGGAGACAUGGCUGCUGUGUGCAACCUCACUACAACAAACUGACUUUUAUUUUAUUGAAGUUAACCUGCUUAGAACAAAUGCACUUCGAUCAAAUGAUUUUGCACAUUGUUGCCAAUUUCAAAUGACCCAAAAAUUAUAUUUAACAAAACUGUCAUCCUUUUAGCUCAGUUUGUUCUCUCCUCCUGUUCAGACUUUACUUCUUUUUUUAUUUACUUUUCAAUACAUGUAACACAUUUGCAUGUGCUCUUUCUGUUGCAAUAAAACAUGUAGGUUUGUUGGAACUUCAUAUAAAAAUCCCCACUAUGAACGUG